UUCUUUUUAAUCAAAAAACUUUACAAAAAUUUUACAAUUAUUAAAUUUUACCUCGCUGAAUUACCUAUUCGAUAUUAAAUACUAUGUGGAUUAUAAUUCAUCGAUAAGUAUGCUUAUGUAAAUAACAAAAAUGUUUAUUAAAUAUUAAGAUCCUAAUAUUGUUAUUUUAGUCCAAAUUUAAUUACAAUUAAUCAAAUACUUCAUUACUCAACACUAUUAUACAAUUGGAGCAACACCUUCAUCAUACUGUCCAAAUUGUUAAUAAAAUUGGCAGUAAAGAAAAUGGCAGCUGGUGCACAUGCAUAAAUAAUUUACUGGAAGAACAGGAAGGGGGACUCUUCUUCUCUACGAGUGGGAGUUACCUCAUCCAAACUGUAACACAUUCAGUAGCCAGCUGGUUCGCCAUCCGCAACAUUCCGCGUAAAGCAAAAUCCUUUCUCGCCGUUUCACAUACAUUUUUAGUCUAAACAUUGAAAUUAGAAAACCGCGAAUAAAUUUUGUUCUUCGCGAUAAAAAAUACAUUCGCAUUCAAACAUUCGAAAGACCAUAAAUAGGAAAAAGUGAAAUAAAGUUUAAUAAAAAUAAAUAAAAUAAUAAAAUAUUUAUCUAUCAGUAAUGACAUGAAGUGGGCAUUAAAUAUUGAACUAUUUCUUGUCUACAUUAUAAUCUGCCAGGGAGACAGUACACAGGUGACGAAAGACAACAUUAGACAACUCUUAUCGGACACGGAAUGGCAAUCAUUGAUUGGAUCAACACCAGAGACGGAUUACGAGAUCGUAGAUCCGAGAGUUCGCAGAUUGCGUCGGUCUCCGAGGGAACACGCGAUCUCGAUUUCCGGUCCAGGUCGCGUUUGGUUUCGUGCAAUAUCACCGAGCGACUCUAUACUCUCGCGGGAAUUCAUUUUACUCAAAAGACACGAAAAUGGAACGGAGGAUAUUACGGAGAAACACAGAGAGGAGUACUCGUGUUAUUACAGAGGCGACGACAUUGCGGUAUCGAUAUGCAAUGGGAUUAGAGGUAUCAUUGCCGGAAACGAUUCGAGUUAUUAUAUAAUUCGUCCAUUACCUGAUCGAUUUUAUAACGAGAUUUCUGACGAGAUGCCACAUCUUAUAUCGAAAAGGAUACUGCCGAAAUAUUUUAAUUCAAAUAACGAAAGCGACUUUGAAAAUCAUAGUGAAAAAAGAAUUAUUAAUUUUUUCGAUCCUUCGAUAAAUCUCGAGACCAAGGACCGGGAUGCUGAGAUCCACGAUAAUAACAUUCUCGAUAGUGGAAGAGCCGGAUUUUUGGAAGAGGAAAAAAGCAAAAAUGAAAAAUCGACAAAGAGAAGGAAACGCGGGUUUCGAGACAGCACUAAUAGCGGUCCGAUCUUUGUGGAAACGGCAGUGUUCGUUGACAGAGACUUAUAUAAGCACAUGUCACGAAAUUAUCCAAAAGACACUGAAAGAGAAUUAAUAAGAUUUGUUUUGGCAAUGAUUAAUGCGGUAAUGAUAAGAAAAUUUUGUUUCUUUGAAAAUAUAUAUUGUCUAUUAAAAAAAAUCAUGAAACCCCACCCGGCAUUAAGAACUGACAAUUUUCAGGUGCAACUGCUUUAUCACGAUCCGUCAUUGGGACAGAUAGUAAAUUUUGUUCUGAAACGAUUAGAAAUUUUACACGCUGAUCCAAUUGAUCUUCACAGACCCCACGAUAUAGAUAAAUAUCUAAGUAGCUUUUGUCAAUGGCAAGGAAGAGAAAAUCCAGGCACCGAUCAAGACAAGAAUCAUUGGGAUCACGCACUGAUGUUGACUGGAUUAGAUUUGUACGUGGUGAACAAGCGUGGAAAAGUCAGUUCGCAAGUUGUAGGACUGGCACCAGUUGCGGGAAUGUGCACAAAGACAAGCAGCUGCACCGUGAACGAGGGUAGACACUUUGAAAGUGUUUACGUUGUGGCGCACGAAAUUGGUCAUAAUCUGGGUAUGAGACACGACGGCGGAACGUCUGACAACGACUGUGAUCCAACGAGUUACAUAAUGAGUCCGACUUUGGGUUCUGGCAAGAUCACUUGGUCACACUGCAGCAGAAAUUACCUCAAGAAUUUUUUAAGAACGGCACAGUCCAGAUGUCUUCUUGAUCAUGGUAGCAGCGGCGGUCAACUUGAUCAUAGCGCAGAAGGUAUUUUACCUGGUGAAAGAUUCGAUUCGGAUCAUCAGUGCAUGUUGAAAUAUGGUUUUGGCAGUAGACACUCGACGCAACAGCCACUGGAAGAUAUUUGCAGAGAUAUACACUGUGAGAGAGAAAGAUAUACGUGGACGUCACAUCCUGCUCUCGAAGGAACGUACUGCGGUGAAGAUAAAUGGUGCCGGAGUGGUAGAUGCGUGAAUAGAAAUGGAAGAUCAAGAACAGGCGGAAGCAAUGAAAAAAUUGCAGGAUCUUGGAGCGGAUGGCACAUUUCAGAGUGCGCUUCCGGUUGUCUAUCCGAAGACAGGGACGACGGAAGUAUCGAUAGCACAGGCAUUAGAGUAAUAAUGCGUACCUGUACUAAUCCAAGUCCACAGAAUGGUGGUGAAAAAUGUGUCGGUCCACGUAAGCGAUAUGUGGCUUGUAAGGCAACACAGUGCAUGAAAAUAUCACGUACUACUAUAAGCGAAUUUGCUGAUCAAAUUUGUACCCGAGCACGAGAGGUUGACAAUGAUUUGAUGGGAACGGGAUUACAAAGAAUUUCGUCUGAUCCUGAAGAAGCUUGCACCGUCUGGUGCCAUACUAGAAACAAAGGUGCUAAAAGUAGAGGAUGGAUAUUUCCAGAUGGUACAAAGUGUCGGACGCGAAGGAAUGAUUUUUAUAGGACAUCUUACUGCAUCGCUGGUCGUUGCGAGGAAUUUCGAUGCUCUGGACCGGAUGAAUAUAAAUUUUUAAACUCACCAGAGAGGUGUUCUGGUCUGAAUGUCAACCAUGUGGACAGAAAGGAUGAUAUUGCUCUACUUAGUCAAAAUUUGAAUCCUGAAAAAACGAAGGACAACUGGAUUGUCUCUAGCGAUUGUCACUUUAACUGUCUGGCGCCAGGAAUUGGUAUACGACUAGUUAGUAAAAUUCGUCCUGGAAGAAACGAAACCAGUAUUCAACUUUGUGAUCCAGAUUCGAACAGAUGCGAGAAACUAAAGAGUCCUUAUCAAUUCGCCACGAAUAUUUGUAAGAAAUAUAAAUUUCGAGUGAGACAACUUUCUGGUUUAGGAAUGCAAAUAUCACCAUCGAUCGAGGAUCCUGACAGACCCUGCCGUGUUGCCUGCCAAGAUGAAACCGUGUCACACAGAUUCUAUUUAGUAAACGGAGAAAAUGGCUGGUUCCCUUUUGGAACUUCCUGUAGCAAACGCAAUCAUAAAUCAUUUUGCGUAGCUGGAAAAUGUUUAGAAUUUGGAGAAGACGAUACUCCAUUGCACGAGAGUAUCUUCGCACUUCCUUUAUUAUCGCGAAACAAACGCACAGCUUCCAUUGAUGAAAGUGCGAUAAAUCGAAAUUUAAAAAAAUAUUCGGAAAAUGUUAGGAAUUUUAGUAGGAAUGUGACAUUGUUGAGAAAACGAAGAAAUUUGGAAUUGGACAGAACAACCAUCUUGUCUCAUCUCAAUCAACGAGAAUUGGAUAGUAUUAUCUGGCACCUUAAUUUCUCUGGUUCCUAUAGAACGGAAUUGUUACCUUUUCAAAUAGAUCUUAAUAAUCCUAUACACGUUCCUUUUGAUGAAUCUGAUUACAGAUUUUAUGAUUACACUGGUUACAGUUGAGCAUAUUUUGUAUUUGUCUAUUUAUAAAAAUUUUAUCAACAGCUGUACCAUCUCUUGAAUAAAAAUAUUGAUCAUGAACUGAUUAACAAACAUUUUAUAUUCAAGUUGUUAUUGUCCAAUUAU